AACACAAGCUUCGAGAGAGAAAAUUAAACAAAGAUGGACAGGGCGAAAAUGAGAAGAGGGCUGGUGAUGCUCACAUUUAUGGUAAUUUGCACUCACCGGCCGGCUACGGCACAAGAGGAAUUAGCAUCUGAACCCAAAAGUUGCAUGAAGUUCCUGUCAUGCGUGAAGAACCCAAAGAGCAGCUGCAUAACGGAAUGCUGCAACUCAUUCAACUUCAAGGCUACCGCCGUUACAAGAUGCAACUGCUGGCGUAGUGCCGUGCGAACAGAUAAACAAGCUUUGACCGCUCUUCAAAAUUAUUGCGCCGUUGACCCUCCUCCUUGUUCAGUGCCUCACCCACUGCAAGAGGUGGCGGAAACCAGAGAGGCUAUAGACAACAAGCUCAGUGGCAGCAAACAACAAGUGGAAAAGGUGGCUACUUGUUGUGCAAAGGAUUAA